AUGCCUUCUUCAUCACAAGUUUAUAGAUCUACUAGAUCUAACCAACCAGAAGAGUUAUCAUUUGAAGAUGUUGUUAUGACGGGGUUAGCCCCCGAUGGUGGAUUGUAUUUACCAUCCUCUAUCCCUCAAUUACCUAAUGACUUUUUAACUAAAUGGUCAGACUUGUCAUUUAAUGAAUUAGCUUUUGAAAUAUUAAGAUUAUAUAUCAAUGAGAAUGAAAUCCCUAAUGCAGAUUUAAAAGAUUUGAUUGCUAGAUCAUAUUCAACAUUCAGAUCAUCAGAAGUGACUCCUUUGAAAAAACUCAAUGACAAUUUAUACAUUUUAGAAUUAUUUCAUGGUCCUACCUAUGCAUUCAAAGAUGUUGCUUUACAAUUUGUUGGUAACCUUUUCGAAUAUUUCUUAACCAGAAGAAAUGCGCAAAAAGAUUUGACUAAACAACCAAAAGAUAUCAUCACCGUUGUUGGUGCCACUUCUGGUGACACAGGAUCAGCUGCCAUUUAUGGAUUACGUGGUAAGAAAGAUGUCUCUGUAUUUAUAUUGUAUCCUACUGGAAGAAUUAGCCCUAUACAAGAAGAGCAAAUGACAACUGUUGAAGAUGGUAAUGUCCAUACCUUAUCAGUCAAUGGUACAUUUGAUGAUUGUCAAGAUAUUGUCAAACAAAUAUUUGGUGAUAAAGAAUUUAAUGAUAAGUAUCAUGUUGGGGCCGUCAACUCUAUCAAUUGGGCAAGAAUCUUAGCGCAACAAACAUACUAUUUCUAUUCUUAUUUCCAAUUACAAAAACAAGCUAAAACCACUAAUAAGGUUAGAUUUGUUGUUCCUUCAGGUAAUUUUGGAGACAUUUUGGCUGGUUAUUAUGCUUACAGAAUGGGAUUACCAGUUGACAAAUUGAUUAUUGCCACUAACGAAAAUGACAUCUUGGACAGAUUUAUAAAAUCAGGAGAAUAUGCCAAAGAGCAAGAAGUUGGUGUUAAGGCAACUUAUUCCCCAGCAAUGGAUAUUUUGAUCUCAUCGAAUUUUGAAAGAUUGUUAUGGUACUUGAUCAGAGACAAUGUUCCUGAAGUCAACAAGAGUGAUGAAAAAGCAGGUCAAUUGUUGAACGAUUGGAUGAAACAAUUGAAAGAACAAGGCAAAUUUAAAGUCCCAGCUGAGGUCAUUGAUGCUGCAAGACAAGUUUUCGAUUCACAAAGAGUUGAUAAUGAUACCACGGUGCAAACCAUCAAACAGGUAUAUGACCAAUCUGGUGAUAAAUAUGUCAUUGAUCCUCAUACUUCUGUUGGAGUCACUACUUCUUAUUCAUUUAUUGCUAAAGAUACAGAGCCAACCCAAUACAUUUCUCUUUCCACGGCUCAUCCAGCAAAAUUCUCCGAAGUUGUCAAUAAAGCCCUUGAUUCCUUUGAUGGUUAUUCGUUUGACAAAGAUGUUUUGCCAGCAGAAUUGAAAGCCUUGAGCAGUAAAGAGAAGAGAAUUAAAUUGAUUGACGAAGCUAGUGUUGAAAAAGUCAAACAAGCUAUUAAAGACGAAUUGAAGUUUUAG